GACAUGUUCCAUCGGCGAUGCGGCUAUCGUAUCACUCUCAGCAACAACAGCAGCACCGCCACACGCAAUUUUUCCGAAUACGAUUUCGGUCUGGUGUUCAGCGCCGAGCCGCUCCAGGAUGACGAGCUGUUUGAAGUCACCAUCGACAAGAAGAUCAUAUCAUGGUGCGGUAGCAUAGACAUUGGAGUGACAGAAUGCGAUCCCGAGACCUUAGUGAUACCACCCUGUGCCACAAACCUUUGUCAUGGAUCUUGGAUUAUGACCUGCUCUGGUAUAAUUCACAAUGGAGAUCGCAUCGUGGAAACGUACGGAGCAGAUCUUAAUGAUCUAGAAGAGGGAAACACUUUGGGAGUCAUGCGAACGUCCAAUAAUGAACUAGUAUUCUACAUCAAUGGUGUCUCACAAGGAGUUGCCGUUAGCAACAUUCCAGAGCGUAUUUUUGCCGUUGUAGAUAUAUAUGGCGAUUGUAUACAAGUCAGCGUUACUCCGAAACUCGCUAGUUUGUGUAAUGUGUCGAAAGACGAAGUUGAGAUUAAUAAUGAUUAUGCUGCGGGGGAAACUUCCAGUUCUUCAACUACUAAUCUAGUCGCUAACUUAAAUGUUAAUCUAAGUGUUAAUGUAAACGUUAACUUACCGAAAAAUCCAACUCCCGCUGCUAUAAGAGAGGAUAAAUUGAAGUUUCAUGAGAGAGUCGGCUCGUUGGUGAAACUGUCUAAUAAUGCCAGAACCGCCGAAAGGCGGAGGCCACUUGAUGAGUUUAACAAUGGUGUUGUAAUGACUCACAGGCCACUGCGAGAUAACGAACUGUUUGAGAUACGAAUAGACAGAUUAGUAUACAAAUGGUCAGGAAGUAUAGAAGUUGGCGUUACUACUCAUAGUCCUACAGCGCUAGAAUUUCCAGCAACGAUGACUAAUAUGCGUUCGGGUACAACGAUGAUGUCUGGCUGUGGUAUUUUAACAAAUGGAAAAGGCACGCAACGGGAAUACGGCGAAUUCAAUUUGGAUGAAUUAAGGGAAGGGGAUCGUGUGGGAAUGAUUAGACAGAGUAAUGGAGAUCUUCACUAUUUAAUAAAUGGUCUAGAUCAAGGUGUUGCUGCUAAAGUACCGACAAGUGUGUGGGGCGUAAUAGAUCUUUAUGGAAUGACCGUGAAAGUAACCAUUGUCGAUCGCGACGAAAGAGAAGAACAGAAUCUAGUCACUAGGAGAAACACAUUACAGCUACAAGGUCUAGAUAGCGAAGAAGCUGGAGAAGAAGAACUUCCUGAUAGACUGAUGUUUCAUCCCUGUUGUGGCACACAUGCCGAUGUGAUCAACAAUGGGCGUACAGCGCAUAGACCUAACGCCAUAGACGAUUUCAAUAACGGCGUGGUAUUAACUUCGAGACCGUUAAAGCCGAAUGAGUUGUUUGAAGUCAGACUGGAUAAAAUUGUCACAAAAUGGGCUGGUUCUAUCGAAAUAGGAGUCACCACGCAUUCUCCCACAGAAUUGGAGUUUCCGUUUACUAUGACAAAUGUGAGAUCUGGCACGUGGAUGAUGACGGGCAACGGCGUGAUGCACAACGGUACCACUAUGAUAGAUCAAUAUGGUCAGAAUUUGGACCGUCUACAGAUCGGUGAUCGCGUAGGCGUAAUGAGGAAGGAUAACGCGACGCUACACUUCUACGUGAACGGCGCCGAUCAGGGUGUAGCCGCAAUGAAUGUACCCGAGAGAGUCUAUGGAGUGAUUGAUCUCUACGGGCAAGCUGCUCAAGCCACCAUAGUCGACAACAUGGACUUUUAUAGUCCGACCACGAACAAUUCGAGUUUUAGUAAUACUACGUUGUAUAGCGAUCUAAGGUUUCAUCACGUGCAUGGUAAAAACGCGCGGAUUACGAACAACGGUUUAACGGCGUCCAGGCCGCGAGCUCUAGGUGAAUUCAACGAAGCUAUUGUGAUUGCGAAUCGCGCACUACGCGACGGUGAAAUGUUUGAAGUAACGAUAGAUAAGAUGGUUGCUAGAUGGUCCGGUGCUAUAGAAGCAGGAGUUACUGUGAUAAGGCCUGAUGAGUUAGAGUUUCCAUCUACUAUGACAGAUAUCGAUCACGAUACGUGGAUGCUGUCUGGGUCGACGGUGAUGCGCGACGGCGUAACAUUGCGUAAUAACUACAGCUGCGAUUUGGAUAAAUUGAUUGAAGGUAACCGGAUUGGAAUGAUGCGGUGCUCGGAUUCUUCUCUACAUUAUUUUUUGGAUGGAGUAGACCAAGGUCCCGCCUGUACUGGUUUACCGCCGAAUGUUUAUCCAGUAAUCGACUUAUACGGCCAAUGUGCACAGGUGACGAUCGUAUUACCAGAGCGCAGGGAUCCUCUGACGCAACAAUACUUACCAUCGGAGAACAGUAUUAGUCAACAACCAACCUCGGUAAUUCAGCCUCAAGUGCAAACUGAAAUUCUGCAUAAGUUCCACGAGUCAGUCGGACUGAACAUUCAAUUAAACAGUGACAGAAUAGUGGCGACAAGAUGCAGAGAGUACAAUAACGCUGUUUUGUUAAGUGAAGCAGCUCUAGAAAAUAACGAGCUCUUCGAAAUCGCUAUCCAAGAAGUGGCGCGUGAGUGGAGCGGUUGUCUGAGAACAGGUGUCUUGAGUAACGAGACAGGCAACUGGUUGACAUCGAUGAACCUCGUACCUGGUAUGACAUCCAUUCCUAGCGAUGCCUGGUAUCUGACGGGCAACGAGGUAAGACAUAUGGGUUUUACGCUUUCUUCAAAUUACUGUACGAGCUUGGAUUGGUUGCGAGUGGGCGACAAGAUCGGCGUGAAACGCACUCACGAGGGUAACCUGAAAUUCUAUGUGAAUGGCGAAGACAUGGGCGUAGCUGCGUCCGACGUGCCGGAGAUGGUGUACGCAGUGAUCGAACUCUUUGGUAGUACCGUGGCUGUGAAUAUCACCAGCAGCAGACAGCAGAAUCCCGCGAUAUCUCCGAACGCUAGUUUAAGGCUGCAAGAUUCGCUGGAAUUGCUGUUGGAUCCAAUGCCGCCAAGAAACGAUGCGGGAAUGGAUACAUCCAUUGAUGUAUCCGAGGGGAAAUUGAUUAACGAGACGACGCUCACGCCAACGCAAGUCACCGCCACCGGUUUGACCGCUAGCGAUGGAGAUUGGAGUUAUGAGUUCCAUGAGAAUCACGGCAGGAACAUUCAGCUGGAAACGAAAACAAUUGCCAAGCGAGUAGCUAGUUACAAUCAGGGUGUGGUGAUGUCCAGUCGUCCAUUGAUAAAAGGCAAGCCAUUCCAAGUUAGAAUAGAGAAACUGAACGAACGGUGGGUAUCGAGUAUCCUCUGUGGUGUUUCUUGCAUAUCGCCGGAGAAGCAAGCGAGCUUCCCGUUAACAGCGCUUGGUUUUAAGAGGCAUUCAUGGAUUAUCUGCAGCGAUUGGAUAUUUCACAAUGGCAUGAGAGUGAAGACGAAAUAUGGCGUCGGCUUAGAAAAUCUUCAAUGCAACUCUAACGUGGGCUUGCUUAUCGAUGAAGACAAUCGACUACACUUGUUCAUCAAUAGCAUAGAUCAGGGAGUGGCCGCAACCGAUUUGCCACCGCAUGUCUUCGCUGUAAUCGACUUGUAUGGGCAGUGUGAGCAAAUAUCCAUCGUAGGAAUCAACGAAGAGCCUUCCUAUUCGAAUGUCACAAUUGACAACGCGCUCGCGGCUCCUAUUGAGUGCGCGAACGUGGAAACAGAAGAUGUAGAGAAUUCACGUGAGAAAGCUGAUUUGGAAUGUCACGAGAAGGAGAAUGCAAUGGCGACAACUUCAUCGGAUCUCUCGCCAUCUUCGACAUCACCUAGUGUGCCGAGUCAAUGCAGUUCAAACGCUAAAGAUGGCAAUUUCGAGACCGAGUACUCAUCCUUUGAUAGCAACAAUAGCACGAAUGUAGCAAACAAUAGCAUUGUAGGCAUCAAAGCGGCAUCGAGUAUUGACAGUAAUAACUCAGACUCGGGCUCGGAGCUCAACAACGAUACGCGAAGCGCCAAGAACAAAGCGUACCUAGACAACGUUGUACCGCCUACGUUGAACAAGCAGCCUGAGAACAAUUCGAGCGAAUCGAAUCUCGACACGGAAAAUCAUGCCCUAUGUACAAAUGUAGAAAUAAAUAACGCGACUAAUAUUAAUAUACAGAAAGGUAUGGUCGCCAGCGCGAGUAAUAUGACUAGCUUGAACGCGGCAAUCACCGCGACGAACGCUAACAAUGCGAUUAACGAAAGCAUAGCGUCCAAUAGUCAAGUCAAUACUAUAAGCAGCACACAACAGAACAAUUUGUCGGAUCUUCCUAAUAAUACUUGCUCCGGCUUCCACGAAUCGCGGUCCUACGCGAGUCGGGACAACAUUCGUGACAAUUCCUUCAACGGGAAUAUACUUCCGAGCCAAAACACGACGAUCAAUCAACGGGAUGUGUACAACGCAUCCUCAAUACCAUAUGUACCAUCGUCGUUACCGUCCACUCCACUUGAGUCCACCAUCGUCGUGUCGUCCAGAAAGUGCGAUUACUUGAAGGCGUGCAUGCAGCUAAAGAAGUCGCUCGUUCUUCCAGACGAGUUUUUCUCUACUGACGAGAUACUGUGCUACUGUAGCGUGUGCUAUAAAUUGGACGGUGACAACGCGACUUGCAAAAAGGGCGAGCCUCCGGCGGAAUUCGCGAUACCAGUCGGCUGGGCCAGGUUCCCAUUAAAGCAGAGCAUCAAUGCCAAUCAAAUCCCACAAAGUACGACAGACAAGUGGCAUGUUGCGUUCUACGGUAUACGUCUAGACGCGAUAAGAUUGAUUUUGGAUAGAGGAGAGCUAAUGACCAAAGAACAACUGGAUGUGAGUAACUUAACAGCAGGCACAAAGAGUGAAGAUCAAAAUCCUCAAGUAUCGUUUUCGCCUAGCAUCAAGUACGCAGCUUCCGAUGAAUUCACGAAAAAAUAUCCAUAUAUCGAUAUGCAAUCAAAUAAAAAAUUGAACGCAUCAACUGCGUUUCAAUUGCUGGUAAGACCCGGCUCAUAUACGAUUAGUCCUGGCGAUAAGGACAGCACUGAUCUACAUUGCGAAUCUAACAAGUGGGCCACCAAAGAAGCCGGUGCCACGGUGAUUGUCGCUCUGCUCGUUCAUCUGGACGGAUUUUAAUUCGAUGCCCAUUUCUGAAAAUGAACUUGUGUUUCCCUCUCACGUCUGUCCUCAACGAGCACAACCAUAUGAUUCAUAAUCGGACUGCAAGUGUUUGUACAUACGAAGUUCGUUGUCACGACUGUGGUAAGAGAUCGAUAUAUUUCAAUUCCGUCGAAGUCGCGCUGUACAUUUGUGUUAGA